UAAUGCAAAGCUGGCAGGACUCUGUGGAGAAGGAUGCACAGCUUGAGGGUAGCGGUGGAAGCAAGAUCUAUCUGCUGAAAUAGAGAAAACACUGGAGAAAAUGUGGAUUUAAAGAAGCCUGAUCAACCAACUGAAUGAAACAAACAUUAAAGAGGAUGCAUUUACCGAAGGUUAUGUUUCUUUUUAUAUGAAUUAAGUUAGAUCUCUCUGAUGGAGAAAAGAGAGAUACUCCUCAAAAAUGUAAUUUCCCAAUAAUAAGCAGAAAUUAAAAAAAGAAAGAACGUACUGGAACUAUAUGAAAGCCAGUGAUUACCUGCAAUGACAAAUUGCAAGGCGUAUUCGAAACGGAGUGUUACAAUGAUGUUUCCCGAAUAAAAGAAUCACACAAUUUUGGUUGAAAGGGGAAGAAAGACAGAAAAAAGUUGAAACAAGAUGGAUUUAUUCAAUUCCAGCGGGAUCAACGUGUCUCAUGUAGUCUCAACAAAUUUCUCAUCCAUGGAGAGUCAGUAUUCCCUGGCAGCUGUGGCGGGUCUUGCAGCGCUUGUAAGCUUUCUCAUUGUAUUUACUAUUGUAGGGAACGUCUUGGUGGUAAUUGCUAUAUUAACAAGCAGAGCACUAAGAGCGCCACAGAACCUUUUCUUGGUGUCUUUAGCCAGUGCAGACAUCUUGGUUGCCACCCUUGUCAUGCCGUUUUCUCUGGCAAAUGAACUUAUGGGAUACUGGUUUUUCGGGAGAGCUUGGUGCGACGUUUAUUUGGCCUUAGAUGUCUUGUUUUGCACUUCGUCGAUAGUCCACCUGUGCGCUAUCAGUUUAGACAGAUACUGGUCAGUAACACAAGCCGUAGAAUACAACCUCAAAAGGACUCCCAAAAGGGUGAAAUGUAUUAUAGUAGUUGUUUGGCUCAUCUCUGCUGUGAUAUCUUUCCCACCGCUAAUUUCUAUGGACAGAAAUACGGAGAAAGACAAUCAUCCGCAGUGUGUGCUUAACGAUGAGACGUGGUACAUUCUCUCCUCUUGCAUAGGAUCUUUUUUUGCCCCUUGUAUUAUAAUGAUAUUAGUGUACAUUAGAAUAUAUCAAGUGGCCAAAACCCGAACGAGAAAUAUGUCGGAAAAAAAACACGGGACAGAUGGAUCUUCUCAAACUGAGAAUGGACUAAGCAGAGGCACCUCUUUAAAAGCAAACGGUGAGAAGGAAAACGGGCACUGCCCAGCAAUGCCCAAUGAACAAAAAACACGGGAAGAAGAUGAUAUAGACCUGGAGGAAAGCAGCACAUCAGAUGGCAAAGGGAGAAAAGGUCCAGACUCUGUCUCCAAGAAAGAGAGGAGGAGUAGCAGGAAAAACAGUUCGUUGUCCAAACACUCCAGCCGCAUGUCGAGAUCUAGCAACAAAUCUAUAGAAUUGUUCUCCUCCAGGCGAAAAAGAAGAAGCACAGCAUCUAGAAAGAAAAUUUCACAAGCCAGAGAAAAGAGAUUCACAUUUGUUCUUGCGGUUGUCAUGGGUGUUUUUGUGGUCUGUUGGUUCCCAUUCUUCUUUAGUUACAGCUUGUAUGGGGUUUGCAGGGAGUCCUGUGAGAUUAAUGAGACAUUAUUUAAAUUUUUCUUUUGGAUUGGGUAUUGCAACAGCUCUCUAAACCCUGUAAUUUAUACUAUCUUCAACCAAGAUUUUCGAAGAGCUUUCCAAAAGAUUCUUUGCAAGAAAUGGAAAAAAUCAUUUUAAACUGUUUAAAAACUCCUGCCAUCUGUCAACUGUGUAUGCUGCUUAAAAAUAUCACAGUAAAUUCUGAUUAUUUUUGGCCUUGACAAUCUACAUAUUAAGAAAGAUGUUUAAACAAAUCAGAUUUUAUAUUUUUUAAAUACUGUACAUCAAUGUGAAUGGUUAACCCUGCUGUCCUUACUUUAAAUCAAACAAACAGAAAUGAUUUGCUAUUAAAUGAAACAAUCUCUUAUACAAAUGAAUUUCUGAAGGUAAUGCUAAAUGCCUAAGGGAGCCUUUAUAUUUCAGAUUUUAUGCAAUGCACAUUUGUCUUUGCUCACAGUAGUUCUAAGCAUAUUCAUGUAAGGAGCUUUUGUUCUGUAGUAUUAGAAGCCUGGUUUUACAUUAUUACUAGACUGGUCAUGGCUUAUAACAUCAGCUGUUUAAAAGGCCAUUGUGAAAAAAAAAAUAGCCAAAUAAAUGUAUGUGUAAUUUUGCAAAGGGUAAAGCCUGUUCAGUGAUCUCAGGAGAUUACAGGUCUCUAGUGCAGAAAUGUAACAAAAGGCUGAGAUUUAACUGUUUUACUAUACAAAGAUGUUAUUUAUUUAUUGAAGCUUAUUGCGGUUUUACUAUUUUGAUUGAAAGUGCCAUUGAAUAAAUAUUUAAAACUA